GACAUGAUAUCAUGCUGGGGCGGAGAGGGAGGAUGGAUUGGCGGCGGAGAUAAAUUUGAGUUAAGUUCGGAGAGGAGAGGAAGGAAAGGGAGAGGUGACCACAGUUCCCGUCAUGCUUUGGGAGGACUACACUUCCCAGGAUGCCCCGGGCAGGGGCGCGAGGAGGAAAGACUGCAAGUCCCGCGAUGCUCUCGGCGGCCGGCGGCGAGGUUGAACCGGAAGGCGCUUGCUAGGCUUGAGGAGUGCGGAGACUGGUGUAGAACCACCAAAAGUCUGAAAUGAAACUGUAUUGCCUGUCGGGUCACCCAACCUUACCAUGCAAUGUGCUCAAAUUCAAAUCAACCACCAUUAUGUUGGACUGCGGACUGGAUAUGACUUCUACCCUAAAUUUCCUUCCUUUGCCACUUGUUCAAAGUCCCAGGCUAUCUAAUCUUCCUGGCUGGUCCCUGAAGGAUGGAAAUGCUUUCUUGGACAAGGAGCUGAAGGAGUGCUCAGGUCAUGUGUUUGUGGAUUCUGUGCCUGAAUUCUGUUUACCAGAGACUGAGCUAAUAGACCUGUCUACAGUAGAUGUGAUUCUCAUCUCAAACUAUCACUGCAUGAUGGCACUGCCCUACAUCACUGAGCAUACCGGAUUCACGGGCACAGUGUAUGCCACAGAGCCCACCGUUCAGAUCGGCAGGCUUCUCAUGGAAGAGCUGGUGAAUUUCAUUGAAAGAGUGCCAAAGGCUCAGUCUGCCUCCUUGUGGAAGAAUAAGGAUAUACAGCGGCUCCUGCCUUCUCCUCUCAAGGAUGCUGUGGAAGUGUCAACCUGGAGAAGAUGCUACACAAUGCAAGAGGUGAACUCUGCCCUUAGCAAAAUCCAACUGGUGGGAUAUUCUCAGAAAAUUGAGCUUUUCGGUGCUGUCCAGGUAACUCCUCUGAGCUCUGGCUAUGCUCUUGGAAGCUCUAACUGGAUUAUCCAGUCCCAUUAUGAGAAAGUUUCUUAUGUCUCUGGAUCCUCCUUGCUCACCACACACCCUCAGCCCAUGGACCAAGCUUCCCUCAAAAACAGUGAUGUGCUGGUUUUGACAGGACUUACCCAGAUCCCCACUGCAAACCCCGAUGGCAUGGUGGGAGAGUUCUGCAGCAACCUGGCUCUCACAGUUCGAAAUGGAGGAAAUGUGUUGGUCCCCUGUUACCCUUCUGGAGUGAUCUACGACCUCCUGGAAUGCCUGUAUCAGUACAUUGACUCAGCCGGCCUCUCCAACAUCCCCUUCUACUUCAUCUCCCCGGUGGCGAACAGUUCACUUGAAUUUUCCCAGAUUUUUGCUGAGUGGCUUUGUCACAACAAACAGAGUAAGGUGUAUCUCCCAGAACCACCUUUUCCUCAUGCAGAGCUCAUUCAGACCAAUAAGCUGAAGCACUACCCCAGCAUCCAUGGAGACUUCAGCAACGACUUCAGACAGCCUUGUGUGGUGUUUACUGGACACCCUUCCCUCCGAUUUGGGGACGUGGUCCACUUCAUGGAGCUCUGGGGAAAAUCCAGUCUCAACACUGUCAUAUUUACAGAACCAGACUUCUCAUACCUGGAAGCACUGGCUCCCUACCAGCCCCUGGCCAUGAAAUGCAUAUACUGCCCCAUUGAUACACGACUAAAUUUCAUCCAAGUGUCGAAGCUGCUUAAAGAAGUGCAGCCCCUGCAUGUGGUCUGCCCUGAGCAGUACACCCAGCCACCCCCAGCCCAGUCACACAGGAUGGACCUCAUGAUCGACUGCCAGCCCCCAGCCAUGUCCUAUCGUCGGGCUGACGUCCUCGCCCUGCCCUUCAAACGUCGAUAUGAAAAGAUAGAAAUCAUGCCAGAGCUCGCGGAUUCCCUGGUGCCCAUGGAGAUCAAACCCGGCAUCUCCUUGGCAACUGUCUCAGCUGUGCUGCACACUAAAGAUAACAAGCACGUGCUUCAGCCACCUCCCAGACCCACCCAGCCCACCAGUGGAAAAAAGAGAAAGCAGCGGGUGAGUGAGGACAUUCYGGACUGCCAAGUGCUGAAGCCUCUGCUGAGCGGCUCCAUCCCUGUGGAGCAGUUCGUGCAGACCCUGGAGAAGCAUGGCUUCAGUGAUAUUAAGGUGGAAGACACAGCCAAGGGCCAUAUUGUUCUGCUCCAGGAAGCUGAGACACUCAUUCAAAUUGAAGAAGAUUCAACUCAUAUCAUUUGUGACAAUGACGAGAUGCUGAGGGUUCGACUACGGGAUCUUGUCCUCAAAUUCUUACAGAAGUUCUGAAUGGGACAUAAGAGCCAUUUUCACUCCUGGGAUCCUACAGUCCUUCAUCAUGGCUCCCAGCACUGGCCAUCUGAGGAAGGGCAGGAAAGGCCUUUAAGUGUGUCUGGAAUCCUCUGGCUUCAGGAAUCAAGAGAUGGCGCUGGAGGGAAAUGAGCUGAAGCUGUGACCAGGAUCUUCUAGUCCAGGCAAGAACAUCCCCUUUGAACUUUAGAAUCAUUUUCAACUCUGGUUUUUGAGUAGCUGAGGGGUGACAGAAGCCCUUUCCAAGAGGCUCACAGUGGAUAGGGAAGUAAAGGGUGACUGGCUUGUUGUCUCAUAUGGCCCAUGUUUGUUUUUCAUGAUUCACUGGCUCGGGGCAGGGGAACUAGUGUUUGAUUUUAUUUACCUGCCUUUAGUGCUGCAAGUAAUAAGAUGAUCCCCCAAAAUAAGCCGUCUAUCCUUACACAGAAUGGCCCAUCUUUGUAAAUAAAAUGUAUUUUUAUAGAAGUAUCUGCAUUCUGUUGAACCUACAAUUUAAACAAUGAUUUAGUGGGGGUGGGGGGCAGCGUAAACUAAGAAAAUGCCAUCGCAAAUUUUAGUUUGUGUACAUUUGAUCAUACAACCCAGCAUUGUUUACAAAAAAACAUUUCUUAAGCUUAAAUACCUUUUAAUAUAAUUUACCUAGGCCUGUAUGCAUGAAAAACACCGACAGAGCCAUGAUACCAGCCUUGACUUUCCAGGGAGGCCCUAGCAAGUAGUCAUAUAUUGCAUAACACCGAUGGGUGUAUUGUAAGAUCAUACUACCUGGUGACACUGUAGACUUCUUUAUAUUAAGCAUGAUGUUCACCAAGUGACAGAACUGCCUUUCCUGCGGAUCCUCAGGGUCUACUCAGAUGCCCACAGCCACACAGUGAGGUCCACGUAGUGAGCCACAUAGAAAGAAUGAGGUCUUAGAGAAAAGUAACCUCUACUGCAUUUGAAAUAAUGCUGGGUAUCAAUAGUUUAAAGCCAGUUUUUACCAGAUCACAUCUAAUCCCAGUGUAGACUGGAACCCACACUCCAGCUAUCUAUGUCCCUUGUGGGCCAGGGGAGCACAAGCCUGUGGUGAGCCCAGUCACUGCUCUCAGAGUCUGACUGAAAGCCAGUCAGUCAUCCCUCCAGUUCUAACAGCUGAGUUUCACAACAGGAAAAUAACGCAGGAACUAUUAAAAAAAAAAAAAAAAAAAAAAAAACCUCUAGAGAACUAGUGGCUCAGGAUUUGUGGAGAGUUGAUCUUCAGUUCUCUGGAGUGAUUUUAUCACUGGGAAUGAGUUGUUCUUCAGAGGCGUAUUAGAUUAUGGUUUGGAUAUGAAGUGCCCCCAAAAGUUCCUGUAUUAAUGGCAGGAACCUCUAACACCUUGAAGCAAAACAAAUUUUUCCUUCUGUAAGUUGUUCUUAUCAGGUAUUCUGGUCACAGCAAUACAAAGCUGACCAACACAAGGAAGAAAAGAACCACCUUAUUUUUUCCAUUUCCAACUUGGCCAAGCUCAGGCACAAGAAUGCUUAUGCAGGUUUCUGUUUUCCUAUGUAUAGAUCAUUCCUUUGAGGUGCCUAGGAUGUUUCAAAAGAAACUAUGGGAUUCUACCAGCAUGGGACAGAGUCAGCCUUAAGAGACUGAAGGGCCAUGCUAUGAAAAUUUAGUUUUGGCCAGACAUGAUGGCACACAUCUGUAAUCCCAGUAAUUCAGGAGGCUAAGGCAAGAUGGCAAGGUCAAGGCCAGCCUCAGCAAUUCAGUAAGACCCUGUCAUAAUAUAAAAGAUGUGGCUGGAGAUAUACCUCAGAGGUAGAGCACCUCUGGGUUCAAUCCCUAGUACCACCAAAAAAAGAAUUUGUUUCCAGGAAGGAAACUGUAAAUAUGUAUCACAUGCAGGCAUCCUUUGUAAUGAAACUUUUGAGAAGAUCAGAGUUGAAUUUUUAAAACAUCUUUAAAAAUGCAAAAGUAUCAUAAAGCUCAAAAGAAACCAAAACAGUUGUUUUAUAUAAAUGUCCAGAAGUGCCCUAGGAUUUGYCAAAGUCUAACUUUUGUUAAAAGGUUUGACUAGAGAGCCCAAGGCAUUGAUCCUUUGAGGCAUAGUUAAGUACUGAGACCAACAGAUCUUAAGUACCAAUAAGUCAGCAAAUGCUUGACRGGCUGAAGUAAUUUAUAAAUCAUGGAGGUUCUCAUCAAGUCAUCACCACCCUACUUAGUGGCAGAAGACAGAGGUAGAGCAUUCUUCAGAGCAGACAGAAAAUCUAGAGCUGGCCUUCCCAGUCCCUGAGAAGGAACAUCUGAAGUCAAAUGUUUGGGAAUCAAACUAGGUUGGUUAAUAAAAGACCCCAAAAGAAAGGAGAAGCUGCCUAUGAGUAUUGGAAAUGCAACCCUGACUACUGAUUGGUACCCACCUGGUCAAGAGUCUGACAUCUAGGAAAAACUUGGGGCAAGGCCUUAGCUCAGUCAUAGAGCACUGGCCUAGCAUGUGCGAGGCCCCUGAGUUCAAUCCCCAGCACCUACCACCACCACCACCCCCCCAAAAAAAAGCCAGUGUAAUAGUGAUUAAGUGUUAAUUCAUAUUAAAGAGUGGAGUGACCUAAUUUUGUUAUUUAUGUCUAUUUUUACAAAGUAGUAACGGGUGAGAGAGCACUUCACAUUCCUUCACAAGUGGAACAGGAGAAUGACACCACCAGCUCACCUGGAUUAGGGCCUUUCCACUCUGAACUAUUCAAAUGUUUUCUUGUCUUUCGGACUCAUAAAAGCUCACUGUCCAUGAUGCUACAGGGGAGCACCUGGAAUCUCUCUUGCUUGUAAGCACGACUGGAUUCAUGAAUCUUUGCUGGAAUAAACUACUAAAUUUAUUUUGUCUAAAAUUUUUCUUUUAACAUGUCUUUCCACAAAGUGGUAUAGUGGCUGUUUAUUUUUGCAUUAAAAAUUACGCCAAAACUUAGUGGCUUAAAACAAGCA